GUUCAGUUUCUCUCUAAGUAAUGGAUUCAUCAAGAAGUCUUGUGCUACUACUACUCUUCUGCCUCUUGUUCCUCCACGAUGCUUCUGAUCUCACGCAAGCUCAUGGCCACGUUACUUCACUUCCCACCCGCAAGAUGAUGAUGAUGAACAAGGGUAGUGAAACUGUAGGAGCAAAUGAAGAGAAAGAAGAGAAGAAGAUCAAAGGUUUAGGGCUAAAUGAAGAGCUAAGGACCGUUCCUUCAGGACCUGACCCUUUGCACCAUCAUGUGAACCCACCAAGACAGCCAAGAAACCACUCUCUUCUCCCUUGA